AUGCUUAAAAAAAGAAGCUCACUAUCCUAUAUAAACUUAUGGAUAUUCAGUAGAAGAGUACACAAAAAUUCUCCGAAACAUAAAAAGGCAGAUCAUUGGUUUCUCGGUCCCAUUGGUUUAGCAUUAAUACCAGCCGACAUUGUUGAAAGUACUUGGACGGAUAUUAUGAAUUUAUACACCCCAGAUGAUGUUAAUGCUACUGAAUUCAAUGAUUAUUUAGUUCAAACCUAUGUAGAUAUUAGUUUAUAUGGGAUUAAUAUAUGGAAUGUGCAUGAUGCAAUAAUUAAUGAUUUAUCAAGGACAAACAAUCAUGUUAAGGGGUACGAUAGUCGUUUGGAAAGUCAUUUUCCAAAACACCCACAUAUUUAUCAUUUUAUUGAAUUGUUACGUGAUGAACAUUUAUAUCAACAUCAUAGCGUUGAAGAAUCAGAUAUACAAAUAAGGAAACGAAAAAAAUUAUACAAUAAUAUUGAUAGUAAGUUAAAAGAAUUAUAUGAAGAACACAUAAAAGGAACAAUAACACAUGCUAAACUGGCUAUUAAAUGUGGUAGAGCUGUUAAAACAACCCCAAUUAAAACAUGA